AUGCAGAAAAGAAAUGAAUCAGACGGGAAUUUUCAACAAGACACUACAAUGACAAUGAAUGCAGAUGAAAGAGAGGCGGAAGAACAGAUUGUUGCAGAAAAAUUAAUUAAUGAAGAGUAUAAAAUUUGGAAGAAAAAUUCUCCAUUUCUUUAUGAUCUUAUUGUAACGCAUGCUCUGGAAUGGCCUACUUUAACAAUACAAUGGUUUCCAGAUAAAGAAACUGUUCCCGGAAAAAGUUAUUCUGUCCAUAGAUUAUUGAUAGGAACACAUACAUCUGGAAAUGAUCAAAAUUAUUUGAAAUUUGCAGAAGUUCAUCUUCCUCUUUCUUCUACAGAUAUAGAUAUUCGAAAAUAUGAUGAAGAAAAAGAAGAAAUAGGAGGAUAUGAGGGAACAGAUGCAAAAAUCAAUAUAGUUCAAAAAAUUGAUCAUGAAGGUGAAGUGAAUUGUGCAAGAUAUCAACCUCAAAAUCCUAAUAUUAUCGCUACAAUGACAGUAAGUGGCGAAGUUUAUAUUUUUGAUAGGACAAAACAUUCAUCUAAUCCCAUGGGAACAUGUAACCCGCAAAUUAAACUCAAAGGACACACUAAAGAAGGGUAUGGUCUUUCUUGGAAUCCUCAUAAACUUGGGUAUUUAGUAACAGGCACAGAAGAUACAACUAUUUGGUCAAAUAUUUUAUCACCUAUUCAUAUUUAUACAACACAUACAGCAGUGGUUACGGAUGUUGCUUUUCAUCCACUUCACGAUUCUUUGUUUGGAUCAGUAUCUGAUGAUUUAUAUCUUCAAAUUCAUGAUAUUCGAUCAUCAAAUAUAACUUCUGCUGCACAUAAAGUAAAUGCUCAUUCUGAAGCAAUUAAUUCUUUAGCUUUUAAUCCUGCAUGUGAAUAUGUUUUAUCAACUGCCUCUGCAGAUAAAACAGUUGCUCUUUGGGAUUUAAGGAAUUUAAAACUUAAAUUGCAUUCUUUUGAAGGACAUGAUGAUGAAGUAACAUCUCUUUCUUGGUCUCCUCAUGAAGAAACUAUUUUAGCUAGCUCAAGUAUCGAUAGACGUAUUAUUUUAUGGGAUCUUAGUAAAAUUGGUGAAGAGCAAUCUCCUGAAGAUGCUGAAGAUGGUCCUCCUGAACUUUUAUUUAUGCAUGGAGGACAUACAAAUCGUGUUAGUGAUUUUAGCUGGAAUCUUAAUGAUCCAUGGGUUUUAGCAAGUUCUGCUGAAGAUAAUAUUGUUAUGGUUUGGCAGCCCGCUAACAAUAUUUAUAAAAAAGAUGAUAUUGAUGUUCCUUCAAGUGAUCUUGAAUAA